UAAACAAUUGACACAGUCCACCUAACAAUGGUAGACAUUUUCCAGCGAAUUAUCUCCCUUCAAUGCCAACCGAUUAUCUCCCCUGCGUGAGACCGACAAUGGUAGUGGUGCCGACUGUGAUGAAUACAUCAAAAAAGAAACUUCAAUAAAAAUCUUCUUUUCACCUAACAACAGCACCAGAUAAGAAACGAAAUUGAAAAUAAAAAUCAAAGAAUAGUAUGGGAUCGACGACGGUUGGUAAAUAAAUAAAUCAGAUCAUUAAAUGAUCUUUUAACUACAAAUAAAUGAUCUGUUCUGCAUAUAAAUGGUGAUUAGCCACGUGACACAUUGCAUCAUUGUAUUGCAGAUCUUGUAUUUCUUCAACUUACUGAAUGAUAACUAUGGCAGACAUGACACCAUAGCGAUCUGAAUUUUUUUUAUAUUUAAAAAAAAAACAGCUUUAUUUAUUGUUACGCUUGAAUUAUUUAACUUUAAUCAGACAACAGCCAACAUGAAAGACCCAUAAAGACCCAUGCAAGCAUAGACUUGGGUGGUGGGUCACCAGUAGUUUAUUUAUGUUUGUGUUUUAUAUUUACAACUGAAGAUUUCGUUUGAUGGAUUCUUACCAAUUUGGUGCACCAUACUUCGGAAAAUACAAAUUUCACCUUCGUUGGAUUGUGGUGUCGAUUUGCCAAUUUAAAAGUGAUUGUUGUGUCGUUUGCUGGAUUGGAUUAUACAUCAAAUACUUCGGUGAUCUUCCAAACGUUUGAUACUGGAAUGGAAUAUCCGUUUUCUAAAUAGCGAUCCCAGAAAAAAAAUCGAUAAUUCCAUUCGAAAUAGUCAAGAAUAAAAAAAAAAAAAAAUAUUUUUAAAACAUUAUUUUAUUUUAUAAAGCAGAUUGUUCAUCUGGUUUAAUAUGUUCAAAAAAGGUAACAAUUUUUAGUUGUACUACACAGUGCAGCUGCUAAAAAUUUAAUGUUCUUGCUUUAGUUAAUUCCGAUUAAAAAAAAAAAUUCCUAACUCCGAAGAAGUGAAUAAAUGUUGAUGAUAGCUGUUUAAUAUCGAGAGUUUUUUUUAAGAAGUAUUCAUCAAGCAAUAUUACAGUGCAUUAAACAAAUUUGAAUUUAUUUAAACAAUAUUUAGGAAUAUUUGAAGCACAUUAUGCUACACGUAUAACAAGGAAUUAAUUAUUUUUUUUCCUUGAGAAAGUAUACACAAAAAUUAACCCAUCCCUGAUCAUUAACUUUCGUAUCUCAAAUAUAUUUUUUUUCAAGAAAAGCCUCCGCCCGCGCCCUCCUCCCUGUCCAUGGUGGUUACACCCCCCUUCUAGGGCGUCGAUCACACAUGCCUCCCCCCUCUCCGCCCCGCCUCCAUGCUUACAAUGAAGAAACAAAACGUCAGAACUCUAUCGCUCAUCGUCUGCACCUUCACGUACCUGCUUGUGGGCGCCGCUGUCUUUGACGCCCUGGAGAGCGAGUAUGAGGACUCCCAGCAACGGAAAUUGUUCGAUGAGGAAAAGGAUAUCAGCGACAAGUACAACAUCACCAAGGAAGAUUUGGAGCUGUUGAGGAAGAACAUCAUCAAAUCCGUGCCGUACAAGGCGGGAACCCAGUGGAAGUUUGCUGGGGCUUUCUACUUCGCUUUGACGGUGAUAACGACGAUUGGUUACGGCCACAGCACCCCCCAGACGAUAGGUGGCAAGGUGUUCUGCAUGUUCUACGCCCUGUCCGGCAUCCCCUUGUGUAUCGUCAUGUUCCAGAGCGUGGGCGAGCGCCUCAACACCUUCGUCACGUUCCUGGUCAAACACAUCCGGAAAUGUUUCCGGAUGAAGAACACCGAGGUCUCCCAGACCCAUCUCAUCUUCAUCGCCAUGAACCUCUCCACCAUCGUCCUCACGUCGGGGGCGGCCAUUUUUUCCUACUUCGAGAACUGGCCGUAUAUCGAUUCGUUCUACUACUGUUUCAUCACGCUGACCACCAUAGGUUUCGGCGAUUUCGUUGCCUUGCAGCGGGACAACAUGCUGACCAAUCAGCCGCAUUACGUGACAUUCUGUUUAAUAUUCAUCCUCUUCGGUUUGACUGUGAUUUCCGCUGCGAUGAACCUCCUCAUUCUUCGCUUUCUUACCAUGAACACCGUCGACGAAAAACGGGAAGAAAUGGAAGCCGCCGCCGCCGCCAGGGGCGCUGUCAGGUUGGACGGUGACGUCAUCACGGCCAACGGAAGUGUGGUUUCCGGCGCGCAGGAAACCCCCGAGUACAAUGACCUAAUUUCGGUGUGUUCGUGCUCGUGUUACAAUCUCCGCUCCCGGGGGAAGCCCAGGUACUCGGUGACUCGGGCACCCGGGAAGAUUUCGCACCUACUUCCAAUGCAAGCCUCUUCCACCAAGGAGGACAAUCACAGCUGCACUGAGGACAGUGCGUCGUUCAUUCAGUGGCAGAAUCUGGGAAAGAAACGGGCUUCUAUUUGAUGUCUUUUCAGCUGUUAAUAAUUUUUUUUUUGUUUUUCUAAUGUUGAUGUGUUAAGUUUGUUGAUUAAGAACUGUUGAUUUUGUUGUUUGUGUUACAACUUGAAGAAUAGAAACACUUUUUUUUACAUUUGAAAUAAAACACAACACAAUCAUGUUUAACCCUUUGCAUACUGCCAUAUUUUAUUCAGUGUAACACGUCAAGAAUGUUUUUAGCUGCUUAAAUAAAAGUCAAAACAAUCACAAAAGAACGUAGAGUAUAUAAAGAAAUGUUAUUUGAAGCUAUUGAUUAACUUAUAGUUUCCCAGCAACCUGCCUAAAUUACUACUGCCCCCCUUCCGCACCCCCAUGCGACGCCACGACUAUCAAAACAAACUAGCCUGUUGAGAGAGUGAUCUUAUUUUCUUAAACUAACCACCCACACACUUCGCCCGGUGCCAAUUAAGUUUUAAAUUAAUUAUCAACUAAAUUAAUUAAUAGGUUGGAUACUGCUUUGAAUUCCCAAAAACAGAAAUACGUUAGCCACAUAACACUAACUAGAUCUAGUUAAUACAUUAACUAGGCACCCCUAUCUAUAUAAAAAUACAUUUUUAAUGUAUAAGUUAAAUCGGGAGGAAGAGGGCAGAGACAGGUAUUUGCAACUGCAAGGUUUGACACUGGAACCUCGUCAGCCUACAAAACACACUAGCAAACUGCCCUUAUAUUUGAAGCAGUUUUUCUGUAAAGUUUCCAGCGUCAGUCUUCUUCUUCCCAAACAAGUUUGUUUAACCUAGAGCCCGCCUUCCUAAACAAACAGACCAGGAAAACUCAGAAAAAAAUUAUCUCCCUUUAACAUCACCACCUUCAACUUUUGAUAGUUGCCUCCCUUUGAUGAAAAUCUUUUUUAAAAAACUGCACCAUCAUUUAACGAAUCAAUGUUCGAACGUCACUAUCAUAAAUCUACUCUCGUUUUGAUCUCUCCCCUGUGUGGUUUGAGAGUGAUCUCCCUUAGAUAUCUCAAAAGAUUAUUUUAAAAUAUAGGCCUGUCCGGACUUAAGUGAAAGAGAAUGCGUCUUUUUAUAGGUUUAAGCGUAUAAAUAUGUUUACAUUGACUGAAUGCACUAUCACUAUAAUUAUGUUAUGUAGGGGGGAAAAAACAAGCAAAACAUUUA